GUAUGAUGGGUGCUCGUGGUAUGAUGGGUGCUCGUGGUAUGAUGGGUGCUCGUGGUAUGAUGGGUGCUCGUGGUAUGAUGGGUGCUCGUGGUAUGAUGGGUGCUCGUGGUAUGAUGGGUGCUCGUUGUAUGAUGGGUGCUCGUGGUAUGAUGGGUGCUCGUUGUAUGAUGGGUGCUCGUGGUAUGAUGGGUGCUCGUUGUAUGAUGGGUGCUCGUUGUAUGAUGGGUGCUCGUUGUAUGAUGGGUGCUCGUUGUAUGAUGGGUGCUCGUGGUAUGAUGGGUGCUCGUUGUAUGAUGGGUGCUCGAGGUAUGAUGGGUGCUCGUUGUAUGAUGGGGGCUCGUUGUAUGAUGGGUGCUCGUGGUAUGAUGGGUGCUCGUUGUAUGAUGGGUGCUCGUUGUAUGAUGGGUGCUCGUGGUAUGAUGGGUGCUCGUGGUAUGAUGGGUGCUCGUGGUAUGAUGGGUGCUCGUGGUAUGAUGGGUGCUCGUUGUAUGAUGGGUGCUCGUGGUAUGAUGGGUGCUCGUUGUAUGAUGGGUGCUCGAGGUAUGAUGGGUGCUCGUUGUAUGAUGGGUGCUCGUGGUAUGAUGGGUGCUCGUGGUAUGAUGGGUGCUCGUUGUAUGAUGGGUGCUCGAGGUAUGAUGGGUGCUCGUUGUAUGAUGGGUGCUCGUUGUAUGAUGGGUGCUCGUGGUAUGAUGGGUGCUCGUGGUAUGAUGGGUGCUCGUGGUAUGAUGGGUGCUCGUGGUAUGAUGGGUGCUCGUGGUAUGAUGGGUGCUCGUGGUAUGAUGGGUGCUCGUGGUAUGAUGGGUGCUCGUUGUAUGAUGGGUGCUCGUUGUAUGAUGGGUGCUCGUUGUAUGAUGGGUGCUCGUGGUAUGAUGGGUGCUCGUGGUAUGAUGGGUGCUCGUGGUAUGAUGGGUGCUCGUGGUAUGAUGGGUGCUCGUGGUAUGAUGGGUGCUCGUUGUAUGAUGGGUGCUCGUUGUAUGAUGGGUGCUCGUGGUAUGAUGGGUGCUCGUGGUAUGAUGGGUGCUCGUUGUAUGAUGGGUGCUCGUUGUAUGAUGGGUGCUCGUUGUAUGAUGGGUGCUCGUUGUAUGAUGGGUGCUCGAGGUAUGAUGGGUGCUCGUUGUAUGAUGGGUGCUCGUGGUAUGAUGGGUGCUCGUUGUAUGAUGGGUGCUCGUGGUAUGAUGGGUGCUCGUGGUAUGAUGGGUGCUCGUGGUAUGAUGGGUGCUCGUGGUAUGAUGGGUGCUCGUGGUAUGAUGGGUGCUCGUGGUAUGAUGGGUGCUUGUGGUAUGAUGGGUGCUCGUGGUAUGAUGGGUGCUCGAGGUAUGAUGGGUGCUCGUGGUAUGAUGGGUGCUCGUGGUAUGAUGGGUGCUCGUGGUAUGAUGGGUGCUCGUGGUAUGAUGGGUGCUCGUGGUAUGAUGGGUGCUCGUGGUAUGAUGGGUGCUCGUGGUAUGAUGGGUGCUCGUGGUAUGAUGGGUGCUCGUGGUAUGAUGGGUGCUCGUGGUAUGAUGGGUGCUCGUGGUAUGAUGGGUGCUCGUGGUAUGAUGGGUGCUCGUGGUAUGAUGGGUGCUCGUGGUAUGAUGGGUGCUCGUGGUAUGAUGGGUGCUCGUGGUAUGAUGGGUGCUCGUGGUAUGAUGGGUGCUCGUGGUAUGAUGGGUGCUCGAGGUAUGAUGGGUGCUCGUGGUAUGAUGGGUGCUCGUGGUAUGAUGGGUGCUCGUGGUAUGAUGGGUGCUCGUGGUAUGAUGGGUGCUCGUGGUAUGAUGGGUGCUCGUGGUAUGAUGGGUGCUCGUGGUAUGAUGGGUGCUCGUGGUAUGAUGGGUGCUCGUGGUAUGAUGGGUGCUCGUGGUAUGAUGGGUGCUCGUGGUAUGAUGGGUGCUCGUGGUAUGAUGGGUGCUCGUGGUAUGAUGGGUGCUCGUGGUAUGAUGGGUGCUCGUGGUAUGAUGGGUGCUCGUGGUAUGAUGGGUGCUCGUGGUAUGAUGGGUGCUCGUGGUAUGAUGGGUGCUCGUGGUAUGAUGGGUGCUCGUGGUAUGAUGGGUGCUCGUGGUAUGAUGGGUGCUCGUGGUAUGAUGGGUGCUCGUUGUAUGAUGGGUGCUCGUUGUAUGAUGGGUGCUCGUGGUAUGAUGGGUGCUCGUUGUAUGAUGGGUGCUCGUUGUAUGAUGGGUGCUCGUUGUAUGAUGGGUGCUCGUUGUAUGAUGGGUGCUCGUUGUAUGAUGGGUGCUCGUGGUAUGAUGGGUGCUCGUUGUAUGAUGGGUGCUCGAGGUAUGAUGGGUGCUCGUUGUAUGAUGGGUGCUCGUGGUAUGAUGGGUGCUCGUGGUAUGAUGGGUGCUCGUGGUAUGAUGGGUGCUCGUGGUAUGAUGGGUGCUCGUGGUAUGAUGGGUGCUCGUGGUAUGAUGGGUGCUCGUGGUAUGAUGGGUGCUCGUGGUAUGAUGGGUGCUCGUGGUAUGAUGGGUGCUCGUGGUAUGAUGGGUGCUCGUGGUAUGAUGGGUGCUCGUGGUAUGAUGGGUGCUCGUGGUAUGAUGGGUGCUCGUGGUAUGAUGGGUGCUCGUGGUAUGAUGGGUGCUCGUGGUAUGAUGGGUGCUCGUGGUAUGAUGGGUGCUCGUGGUAUGAUGGGUGCUCGUUGUAUGAUGGGUGCUCGUUGUAUGAUGGGUGCUCGAGGUAUGAUGGGUGCUCGUUGUAUGAUGGGUGCUCGUUGUAUGAUGGGUGCUCGUUGUAUGAUGGGUGCUCGUUGUAUGAUGGGUGCUCGUUGUAUGAUGGGUGCUCGUGGUAUGAUGGGUGCUCGUUGUAUGAUGGGUGCUCGUUGUAUGAUGGGUGCUCGUGGUAUGAUGGGUGCUUGUGGUAUGAUGGGUGCUCGAGGUAUGAUGGGUGCUCGUGGUAUGAUGGGUGCUCGUGGUAUGAUGGGUGCUCGUGGUAUGAUGGGUGCUCGUGGUAUGAUGGGUGCUCGUGGUAUGAUGGGUGCUCGUGGUAUGAUGGGUGCUCGUGGUAUGAUGGGUGCUCGUGGUAUGAUGGGUGCUCGUGGUAUGAUGGGUGCUCGUGGUAUGAUGGGUGCUCGUGGUAUGAUGGGUGCUCGUGGUAUGAUGGGUGCUCGUGGUAUGAUGGGUGCUCGUGGUAUGAUGGGUGCUCGUGGUAUGAUGGGUGCUCGUGGUAUGAUGGGUGCUCGUGGUAUGAUGGGUGCUCGUGGUAUGAUGGGUGCUCGUGGUAUGAUGGGUGCUCGUGGUAUGAUGGGUGCUCGUGGUAUGAUGGGUGCUCGUGGUAUGAUGGGUGCUCGUGGUAUGAUGGGUGCUCGUGGUAUGAUGGGUGCUCGUGGUAUGAUGGGUGCUCGUGGUAUGAUGGGUGCUCGUGGUAUGAUGGGUGCUCGUGGUAUGAUGGGUGCUCGUGGUAUGAUGGGUGCUCGUGGUAUGAUGGGUGCUCGUGGUAUGAUGGGUGCUCGUGGUAUGAUGGGUGCUCGUGGUAUGAUGGGUGCUCGUGGUAUGAUGGGUGCUCGUGGUAUGAUGGGUGCUCGUGGUAUGAUGGGUGCUCGUUGUAUGAUGGGUGCUCGUUGUAUGAUGGGUGCUCGUUGUAUGAUGGGUGCUCGAGGUAUGAUGGGUGCUCGUGGUAUGAUGGGUGCUCGUUGUAUGAUGGGUGCUCGUUGUAUGAUGGGUGCUCCUUGUAUGAUGGGUGCUCGAGGUAUGAUGGGUGCUCGUUGUAUGAUGGGUGCUCGUGGUAUGAUGGGUGCUCGUGGUAUGAUGGGUGCUCGUGGUAUGAUGGGUGCUCGUGGUAUGAUGGGUGCUCGUGGUAUGAUGGGUGCUCGUGGUAUGAUGGGUGCUCGUGGUAUGAUGGGUGCUCGUGGUAUGAUGGGUGCUCGUGGUAUGAUGGGUGCUCGAGGUAUGAUGGGUGCUCGUGGUAUGAUGGGUGCUCGUGGUAUGAUGGGUGCUCGUGGUAUGAUGGGUGCUCGUGGUAUGAUGGGUGCUCGUGGUAUGAUGGGUGCUCGUGGUAUGAUGGGUGCUCGUGGUAUGAUGGGUGCUCGUGGUAUGAUGGGUGCUCGUGGUAUGAUGGGUGCUCGUGGUAUGAUGGGUGCUCGUGGUAUGAUGGGUGCUCGUGGUAUGAUGGGUGCUCGUGGUAUGAUGGGUGCUCGUGGUAUGAUGGGUGCUCGUGGUAUGAUGGGUGCUCGUGCGAGGUGCAGAAGGCAUAUGCAGCGGGUGCGGGCAGGGCAGGUGCGCCACAGCCACAUGAGUACUCCUCGCACUGCUCCACCCACCACUACCCUGCGCCACCCUGUGCCUGCAUGCCCCUCCCACCUCUUCCCCACCUUUGCCUGCAGCGAGCUGCUGGCGGCAUAUGCGGCGUGGGCAAACGAGGCAAAGGCGCCAGCGUCACCAUUCCUCCUGUCUCCACCACCCCCUUCCCUUGUCUCCACCACCCCCUUCCCUUGUCUCCACCACCCCCUUCCCUUGUCUCCACCACCCCCUUCCCUUGCCUCCACCACCCCCUUCCCUUGCCUCCACCAACCCCUUCCCUUGCCUCCACCACCCCCUUCCCUUGCCUCCACCACCCCCUUCCCUUGCCUCCACCACCCCCUUCCCUUGCCUCCACCACCCCCUUCCCUUGCCUCCACCACCCCCUUCCCUUGCCUCCACCACCCCCUUCCCUUGCCUCCACCACCCCCUUCCCUUGCCUCCACCAACCCCUUCCCUUGCCUCCACCACCCCCUUCCCUUGCCUCCACCACCCCCUUCCCUUGCCUCCACCACCCCCUUCCCUUGCCUCCACCACCCCCUUCCCUUGGGCAGGCGUGCAAGAGCUACAUCAGUAUUCCUCCUGAGCUGCUGGAGGCAUACGCGGCGUGUGCGGACGGGGCGGAGGUGAUAGCGGCGCAGCACAGGUGGAUGGAGAGGGAGGCGGAGCUCGCACAGGCCAGACAUGCCGGCACAGAUGUGCCUUCCCCAGCCAACAGCGGAAGCGACUCAGAAGGUUCUGAUUCUGAUGAUGAUGCAGCACCUCUGUUCCGCAACCCAAAUCAUGGUGCUGGGAUUGCAGUAGCUUUCUAA